CCUCCCCCCCCCUUCUUCGCUUCCCUUCCCAUCCCGUCGCAUCCCAUCCCAUAUACCAUCCCCAAUCAACCAAUUCAAGGAAAUCGAGACACGAAAGCCACAACAAGAGAGAAAUGUGUGGCUCCUUCCUUUCUUCUUGUACUUCAAUCUCGCUGCUCUCUUCUCUCUGCAAACCCUAGUGGAUGUGAUUAUCCACCACCUCUCAACCCCAUCAACCUUUUGCGGAAAGAGAAGCAAACUCCAAAAGGAGCUCAAAGCAGCCGACCAUGGUUCUUCCUUCUGUUCCUGUUUAUGUAGAUCCACCUAACUGGAACCAGCUACAUGCUCCUCAGCUGGGCAGCAGCACCGGUGGUGGCAGAAAUGAGGCUCCGCAGCUCCCACCACCACCGCCACAUGGCCUGGUGGGAGCACCACGCGGUGAAGGCGGAAUGGUUGGUUCGAUCAGGCCAGGGUCGAUGGCGGAACGCGCUCGGCUCGCAAAGAUCGGCCAGCCGGAGCAAGCGCUCAGGUGCCCUCGGUGCGACUCCAGUAACACCAAGUUCUGCUACUUCAACAACUACUCCCUAUCGCAGCCCCGCCAUUUCUGCAAGGCGUGUCGACGUUACUGGACGCGUGGCGGGGCCCUCCGUAACGUUCCCGUCGGCGGUGGCUGCCGGAGGAACAAGAGGACCAAGUCCGGUAGCAGCAGCUCCGCGAAGAACGCAGUCACGGCCGCCUAUCGCCAGAGUCGUUCACCCUCGUCGACCAUAGCAGCAGGUGCAACGACAUCCGGCAUCACCCUGCAGCAGCAACAGCAGUCGCCGCUUAUGUCCUCGUUCUACCCACCGCCGGACUGCAGAACACGGAACCUAGGGUUCGGAUUCGACGGGAUCCAAUCCUUUGAUGCAGUAGAGUAUCAGGUGCCCGGCAGCCACAGUGUUGGACUGGAGAACUUGAGGCUUCAUCAGCACAUCCGGCAAUUCCCUUCGAUCAUGGGUGGGUUGGAGCCUCCACCGCCACCGCCACCACGAACGCCAUCACUGACGCCAUUUCAAAGCUUAUAUCCGUCGUUUAUUGGAGAAGGUAGUGGCAGUGACGGGCGAUCAUUAGCGGCGCUAGUUCCAACCAGAGUGCCCAGCUCGGGGUUCCUCAUGCAAUUGGCUUCGACUAAGAUGGACGACAACGCACAAGAGCUUGGCCUUCCAAGGCACGAUCUCAUAUGGGGUGGCAGUGCAGGAGGCAGUGGUAAUGGUGGAUGGGCAACAGCAACGGGCUUCUCUAGCUUCAGCUCCUCGUUGACAGACAAGUUCCUAUAAUUCGAUCCAUGGCUUCUUCUGUUAGGCUCAUUCCUUGGAAGACUUGAAAGAAUGACCUUCAUCAAUUGGAGAAGAAUUAAAGAUGGAAUGAAUCAGUAACAUAAAUUGGUCACUGGCAAGACUUUCCUAAUGCAUGGUGGACGUGUUCGACAUGCUGAUCAAGAUCAUUAGAAAAUGGUAGGUAGAUUUCUCCUAUUCGUUUUACAUUUUAGAUGUAGCUUUUUCAUAUUCCCUUCUCAUUGUAUCCCACCGUAAUAUAUAUAUAUGUGUAGAGAGAGAGAGAGAGAGAGAGAGAGAGAGAGAGAGAGAGAGAGAGAACUUGGUGUUUGAGUUCAUGCAUGUAUGUGUAUAUCUGACAUGCAGACCAUAAUUAAUUUCACUUCAGUUGUGUUGGACUA